GCUUUCCCCAGUUUGACGUAGUUUUGCUUUUGGGUGUUCCCGCUCUUUGCCGCGGGGGUCUCGUCAAGGUCGCCUGGUCGCCGCUCAUUUUCGUACAGGACACGCCGACAGCUGCUGGAAGCCAGGCGGGAGGGAGUACCUGCAUGCAGGUAAUGUACAAAAGUAGCUGAAAGUGUCAACCCAGGAAGCAGCAAUGGAUGACAAAUUGGACUUUGAUGAGGGCAGGGACGUGUCAUAUGAAGGCCGUGAUUCCGCAUUCCUCCCUUCCCCGUUGAUAAUGAGGAGUCCGGCAGACCGUGGUGAUCUGUGCAAUGUACAACUCUGGCGGAACGGCGAGGAUGCACUUGUGGAAAAGGGCGUCAUUUCCUGUAAUUCAGACGCCCACCUCAACCUGAACACCAACGCCACCACCAGAGGCGACGCUCAAGCGUACGUGGAACUGAACGUGCUCCAGGGAAACACCUGGCAGGAGACAGGCCGAUGGGUUGGCUUCGAGGAGAACUUCAACGGAGCCACGGGAGUCUGGGGUCCUUCCCACACAUCCUAUCUGACCUUCAAGAGUCUCAUCCAGCUACGCAAGACCAUGAGCACAGGUGCUGUCAUCUUUGACCUGAACGCCAGCAGUUUGUCAUCUGUGGCCGAGAAUGCGGUGGACGCGCUCGUCAACAAGAACGAGAUCCGAGCCAGCGAUCGGGACGCUCUGCUGAGAGCGCUCCUCAUGCGGCGCAGCCAGUCCGACAGAGCUGUGGUCAACCCCUCAGGAGACAUCGAGAUGCAGACGUUUUCUGUUUCCAAAAAGAGGGACGGCUCUGACAACAUGGAGGCUUCCAUCGUCCUCUCAGGUGCCUUGGAUGUUCUAGAGAAGCCAGUGGUGGCUUUCGUCAGGCUUAGAGACUCCGUGGUGAUGGACUCUGCGCUGGAAUGUCCUGUCCCUGUGCGCUUUGUGUUCAUCCUGGUUGGCCCUAGUCAAGCUGGGAUGGACUACAGCGAGAGUGGUCGUGCAAUGGGAGCUCUGAUGGCUGACUGGGUGUUCUGCCUGGAGGCUUUCUUAGCACAGACUGACCAGGACCUGACCAACGCCAUUGCAGACUUCAUGGACUGUAGUAUCGUCAUCCCCCCGACGGAGAUCCAAGACUUGGGGAUGCUAGAGCCCGUUAUCAAGUUCCAGAAGAGGAUGCUGCAGGACAGACUGCGCCCCACCGACAACCGGCUGUCCUUUGGUGACAGAAUUAAAGUUAAGAAACCCCCGGAGCCACCCAGAGAAGACCCCCUGGCCCGUACCGGGUAUCCUUUUGGGGGCAUGGUGAAAGACAUCCAGCGUCGCUACCGCCACUACAUCAGCGACUACACCGAUGCCCUCAACCCGCAGGUCAUGGCCGCCGUCAUCUUCAUCUACUUUGCCGCCCUGUCGCCGGCCAUCACCUUCGGAGGACUUUUAGCUGACAAAACAGAGAAGAUGAUGGGUGUGUCAGAGCUGAUGCUCUCCACUAGCAUCCAAGGUAUCAUCUUCUGCCUCAUCGCCGCACAGCCUGUCCUGGUUCUCGGCUUCUCUGGACCGCUGCUGCUCUUCGAGGAGGCUUUUUACAGUUUCUGCAAAUCCCAGGGCAUUGAGUACAUAGUGGGCCGUAUCUGGGUGGGCAUGUGGCUCAUUGUGAUCGUGGUGAUCAUCGUGGCGGUGGAGGGCAGCUUCCUGGUGCGCUACAUAUCCCGCUUCACCCAAGAAAUCUUCUCCAUCCUCAUCUCCCUCAUCUUCAUCUACGAGACCUUCUUUAAACUCUAUAAGAUCUUCCAGGCCCACCCUUUGCUUCUGAACUACAAACAUCUGAACGACACCCUAGAGAACCCCUUCCACAGCAUCUACAAUAAGACUCCCAACGGCACAGGGGUCGUCCACACUGUGCCUAUUGAGGACCCGUACCCCAACACAGCGCUACUAUCUAUGUGCUUGAUGUUUGGCUGUUUCUUCAUCGCCUACUUCUUGCGCCUGUUCAAGAAUGGCACAUUCCUGCCCGGCUGGCUGCGACGCUUGAUCGGAGAUUUUGGGGUCCCCAUCGCUAUUUUCGUCAUGAUCGCUGUGGAUAUCAGUGUUAAGGACACCUACACUCAGAAACUGGUCGUGCCGAAAGGGAUCGAGGUGACCAAUCCUGGCGUCCGUGGGUGGUUCAUCAGACCUACGGGAGAAAAGAAGCCCUUCCCCAUCUGGAUGAUGGCCGCUUGCUGCAUACCAGCGGUGCUCGUCUUCAUCCUCAUCUUCCUCGAGUCCCAGAUUACUACGCUGAUUGUUAGCAAACCUGAGAGGAAGAUGGUCAAAGGCUCUGGUUUCCACUUUGACCUGCUCCUCCUUGUCACCAUGGGUGGCAUCUCAUCCAUGUUUGGGGUUCCCUGGCUGAGUGCUGCCACGGUGCGCUCUGUCACGCACGCCAACGCGCUCACCGUCAUGUCCAAGGGCCCCAAACCGGAGAUCGAAAAGGUGCUGGAGCAACGGAUCAGCGGCAUUCUAGUCGCCAUCUUGGUUGGCGUCUCUAUUUACAUGGAGCCUCUACUGAAGAUGAUCCCCAUGACGGCCUUGUUUGGAAUCUUCCUCUACAUGGGCGUCACAUCCCUGAAUGGAAUUCAGAUGUGGGAUCGGAUGCUUCUGUUGAUCACGCCAAAGAAAUACCACCCGUCCGAUGCCUACGCCACCAGGGUGUCCACGAUGCGCAUGCACCUUUUCACGCUGAUCCAGCUGGUGUGUUUGGCCGUGCUGUGGGCGGUGAAGAUGAGCCCCUUCUCCCUGGCGCUGCCCUUCAUCCUGCUGCUCACCGUGCCGCUCCGCAUGGUCAUGACCGGGACCCUCUUCUCCGUCAUGGAGAUGAAAUGCUUGGACGCAGACGACGCCAAGGUGAAAUUUGAAGAGGACGUCGGGGAGGAUGUCUACAAUGAGUCCCCACUUCCAUGAGCGAAAAUCAAAUCGAUUCCAACGUACGAUUCAUCGAUUCAUUUAGAAGAGAAAUAUCUGCAAGAAAAAAAAAUCCCUCCCUAUUUAAAGCUUCAUCCUGUCAUGCAGAAAUACAUUUAAGAUUCUUUUGUUUUACUAUUGCAGACGAUACCAGUGGCAUUUUUUCAUUUAGAUGUAGAUUUUUUUUUCGGGUGUGUAACUUAGGUGUUUCCUGUGAUGUAAAGUCCAUUUUAUGCAUUGUUUUUAAUGGGAGUACGCAGGAUAUUUAUCAUUCUCCAACAAAUUCUCAUACUUUGUUACAUCUUCUGCCUUGUUUUAGUGGUUUGUCAAGUUGUCAUUUUAAGGCAUUUUCUGUCCGGUCCACAAAUCCGGCAUUCGUAUGGAGACAUAUGCUGUUAUAUCAGAAUUGAAUGAAUGCUUUUUACAAGUGUUAGACAGAGAAUAUGAAUACAUGUUGUUUUUCUUCUUCGUGUCUGUACAUGCAUAGAGUUUAACAUGAAUAAACCGAUUAGGAAAUGGUGUUCUAUUUUUCCCAUUGGUAUUCAUUUAAUAUUCAUUUAAAAAUUCACUAUUUUAAUAACAGAAUACCAAUUAAUGUAAACAAAAGCACAACGUGUGAAGUAUUCAGUAUUUUAAUAACACAAAUUGAUGUAAACAAAAACUCAAGGUACAGAAUUCUCAGCUUCGACAAGUUGCUUUCAUGACCCUUCAGUUCAAGGGGCUUAUUCCGGUGAUGUUUGAAAAGUGCACAUUUAAAAUGGAAUAAAGGAAGACAUUAAACUUUGUGAUGACUCAAAACGAUCACGGCCACGCGUUAUCCCGCAUUUAUCUUUAUUUGAAACGUUUCAAACGGUGAAAUACAUAUUGAAACAUGGGACGUACGUAGAUGUCAAGAUACCCUACAGCAAGCGAACGCAGCACUGUUGAACGGGGCCCAGAAGUCUGCGAGUCGUUUGUUUUGCUCACCCGGCUGCCGCAAUUGGACGGCCCGCGGUUCCGCCCACAAACACGCAAGGUGGAGUUGGAAAAAGGAAAAAAAAAAAAAAAAAAAAAAAAGAGCCCGUUUAUAAUAUGAAGCUGUCAAAUAGCUACCGACAAUUUUUAAAACGAGCAUUUCCUUUACAACGUACACCCGAGAUCCAUAUAGUGACACAGCAGUGGGUGGACAUGUAAAAACAAAACUUUUUUUUUUUUUUUUUUAAUGAACCAAAAGCAAUAUAAGUCCGUCUCAACAUACAAGGUUCGAAAUAUUAGGUCGGUCAAAUGAUGCGAACUUUCGAUGUUGGAAGUCUUUCGGUUGUCCGAUCAAAAAGUGUUGGCAAACAUCAGCAACGGAGAGGAACGUGAUGGCCGGGUUUCGGUCCGGCUCGCUCGGUCGAUCGGUCGCCGCCUCCAGAUGUAAAAAAAAAAAAAAAAAAAGAGAUGGCGGCAGACGGAAACGACGGCGGUGGCGUCGGUCCGACAACAUGGAAGACGUCUCGGCGUCGCGAAACGGUUAGGGUGGGGAGUGGGAAGCUUGCUGCGCGUUGACUGGAGGGAGACUGCGAGUGCGAUGGAGGCGGGGGAAGAAUCAUCUCUGCGGGGACUGGAGCCGAGGACCGACGGCGCAGUACUGGCGAUCGUUCAACCCUCCCCUUCUUCCUCCACCACGACGCCGAGAAGGAGCUAG